UGUGUGUGUGUGUAGUCGGUGCGCGUAUCUGAGGAAGCAAACUGACUGCGUGUAAAACCGCACAGAAUCUGUUGGACCCCGCACACACAAACACAUACAAAUAACAUACGCACACAUCUAUCGCCAUACAUGCACACAUACACAUUCAUACACUUCCACACACACAACACGAACAUGUUUUAUUAAACUUCUAGCGAGCAAGAGACUGCCUGGAAGUAUUUUCACUCGGAUUCUUGUGUAUAUAUGUGUUUUGUGCUGUGUGGGGUCUAUAUAAUACUGACACACACACACAAAUAUAUGUAUAUAUAUAAUAUAUAAUAUAUAUAUUGUGUGUAUAUAUAUAUAUAUUUAUAUAUAUACAUACAUAUAUACAUAUAUAUAUAUGUAUAUAUGUAUACUUGUUGGAAUCAGGUAUUUAACGCAAAAGAACACCAGGAGUGGAUAAAAAAAAAAGCUACGCGGAAUACAUUACGAUCAAACUUGCCCCUAUUAUUAUUAUCCGGCACUUUAAACUUACCAAUUAUUUGAAACAUAUCUACCAAGCUACCCGUCUGUCUGUCAGUCUAUCUAUCUCUUUUUAUAUAUAUAUAUGUAUAUAUCGUAUAUAUAAAAGCAUUGUUAUUAUUAUACACAAAAUUUUAUAUAUAUACAUGUGCUAUAUAUUAUAUAAUACAUAUAUCGAAUCUACUCGUCUAUAUACAUAUAUAUAUAUAGAUAGAUACAUAGAUCGAUUGAUCGAUACAGAGAGAAUAUAGAUAUAUAGAUGCAGUAAUAUCUGUAUACAGAGCUAACGCGCACACACAGACACACUCACAUAUAUACAUACAUAUACAUACAUAUAUAUAUAUAUAUAUAUAUAUAUAUAUAUAUAUAACCGAUUCCUUCUCGAUGAAGUCUGUAAAAGUGUUAUAAUUCUCAAAAACCAGGAUCGUAUAUUCUCUCCAUGCGUCUCUGACAAAUCAACGAUAUCUCCGAGCAACGGAUAUAUAUAAUUGUAAAUAUUCUGUAUAUAAUAUACAAAAUAUCAUAAACUUAUAUAUGUAUAUAUAUAUAUAAAUUCUUAUAUACAUACACAUAUAUAAACGAUCAUAUAGAUCGUGUAUUACAUCGAUACCAUAACAAAAACAGAAUCACACACACAAACCUACACACACAAACAUGUAAGUGUGUGUGUAUAUAUGUAUAUGUGUAUAUGCCUAUAUAAACAUAUAUAUGUACACACACACACGCACACACACACACCUAAACAGUUUGUUAACCAAUAAUAUUAAUAUUUCCUUCAAAGAACACAAACAACAGUAUUCAUACGUCUACACACGAAUAUACAUACUUCACAUCAUUUAAGGUAUACAGCUACCACGAUCAUCAUCGCCAACACUACGUGUAUGUAUAAAAAGUAUAUAACCCCCAAAACACCAUAGAUAUUAUACACACACACACACACACACACACACACGCGCGCGCGCAUAUAUACAUGCCAAUAUUUAUAAACAUAUACAUGCAUAGACACAGAUAAAUAAAUAUAUAUAUAUAUAUAUACAUAUAUAUAUUACGGGAAAUACAACUACAGCAGCGAAAGAAAAGGAAAAGAAAAAUAUAAGCCAAGUGCAGCAAAGGAAAGGAUAUACACACACAUAUAUAUAUAUACAUAUAUAUAAAUAUAUACAUAUAUAUAUAUAAAAUAUAUGCGUGUGUUAUAUAUAUAACACACGCACGCACACACACACACACAUAUAUAUCCUAUAUAUAUUCUAUAUAUACAUAUAUAUUUAUAUAUAUAUAUAUAUAUAUGUAUAUAUAGAUAUAUAUAUACAUACAUAUAAUACGAAACAAAGCGUCGCCUGAGCUAUUGUAGAUCGACUAAGCUGUUGCAGCGGUUGUUGUAGGUGGUGGUGUUCCCGCCGCCGCCGCCGCCGCAGCCGUACUACUUGUUAUCCUUAUCCUUACUAUUAUUAUUGUUGUUGUUGUUAUUACUAUUAUUAUUACUAUUAUUAUCAACAUCAUCAUUAAUAUUAUUAUUAUUAUUAUUAUUGCUGCUGCUGCUGGCUGUAGUUGUUGUUUUUGUAGUUGUUGUUAUUAGCUGGUGUUGUUGUUGUUGUUCCUCUCAACGGCAUCAUUUUUCGGCAUGAGAUCAAACGAAAUGACGGCACAUACUAGUCCCUCGCUCAACACGGAGACUUCGAUAUCGCUAAGUCAAAGUAUGGACUCGGUUAAUACAACACCCGAGGAAGAGUUAAGUACCUUAACAACCAGAGGUCAAUUUGAGACUGAAGAAAACCUUACCAGUACAGAAACCUCACCUACUGUCCGUACACUCUUUGUCAGUGGUUUGCCCAUGGAUGCAAAGCCCAGAGAACUGUAUUUACUUUUUAGGGCAUACAAGGGAUAUCAAAAUGCUUUGUUAAAAGUGAUGGGAAAACCAGGCAAAAAUUGUGGUUAUGAAGGGUCACUGUUAAAGGUCACCAACAAAAAUGGCAAAAACACUUCUCCUGUGGGGUUUGUCACCUUUAAUUCAAGAGUUGAAGCAGAGGCAGCUAAACAAGACUUACAGGGUGUAAAAUUUGAUCCCGAUUUGCCACAGACUCUCCGGCUAGAAUUUGCUAAAAGUAACACAAAAGUCACAAAGCCUAAACAGCAGUCUCCGCAACCGGCAGCAACACAUCCAACAAUUAUACAUCCACUAACAGGGCAAGAAUUAGGUGCAGCAUUUUUCCCUGGAAGUCCUGAAGCCUGGACUCCUCAUCCUUUGGCCUACCCAGAACUGGCCCCUGCAACAGCUACAGCCAUUCACCAUGCUGCGCUCAUCCAGCAUCCAGCUCUAGCCCAGGUACCGGUACGGCAUGCUUUCCAGGAGACAGUAUUUUCAUCAAUGUUCCAAAAUGUAAACCCCAAUUAUCAGAAAAUCUUGGUUCCAGAAAAUACACAUCGGAUAAACACUUCCUUAUCGGAUACUGGUUAUCCGAAAUACAUAGGAAGUAUGAUCCCCAACCAGAUCCAUCCCACAUCAAUGAUAGCACAUCCAUCUACAGUACAAGCAACUGUGCCUCAUCCGCAGAUUGCUGCCACACCAAUCUUGACUAGUCCUGUGGGAACCAAUAGCACUACACCUAGUCAACCCAAUGCUCCAUGCUCCACAUUGUUUGUUGCAAACUUAGGACAAUUUUCAUCUGAACAAGAGUUAAAAGAUUUGUUCAGUAGCUUCCCUGGGUUCUGUCGAUUACGGAUGCAUAACAAAGGAGGUUCUCCUGUAGCUUUUGUUGAAUUCCAGGAUGUGAGACAAGCAACUGAAGCGAUGAAUAGGCUACAUGGUUUUGUACUGUUGUCAUCAGACAGGGGAGGAAUACGGAUCGAAUAUGCCAAAAACAAGAUGGGAGAAGUGCUAAUGCCAAGUGUAUGUUGGAUGAAACCAGUCACAUCUACCACCAGUAUCGAGACUCGUAAAGAAGAUGUUCCAGCGACUGGUCAAUCUCCGGUGCAAGCUGCAGCAUACUAAAGAACACAUCACCAACACCGCCUUUCUAUUGACUACUUCUGCAGCUGUAGCAGUUGCUGUUGUUGUUGUUGUUGUUACUACUGCACUCUUCGAUUACUGAACAUGCAAAAGAAGAUUCUAUAAACAAAUGCAAAUGCGGCUAUCAUCAACAAACCUCUUUAUUUAACCUUUGUGUAGGUGUAUGUAUAUGCAUGCAUGUGUGUGUGUGUGUGUGUGUGGUGGUGGUAUUGGUUUGUGAUGGCUGUUGUUGUAGCGUGGAAGACUCCACUACUUCUACUACUACUACUACCAAUACAAUCCUUUUACAGGAUCAACAGACAAACUGAUUCAAUCCAAUCUGAUCCAGUCAGAUUAGCCAAGUGUCUGGUCAGCUUGUCAGGGAGGGGAGACGACGGACAUCACCACGGCAACGACCACCCACACCCACCAACACCACUACCAUUCCUACCAGGUGAACUGUGACCAAUUAAAAAUAAUUACAAUUUUCUUAUUAAUGAAAAUGAUCCACACACACGUUUAUAGACAUUUAUACUUUAUAUACAUACAUACAGGUACACAUGUUGUGUAUAUACACUUGUAUAUGUAUGUUUGCGGUUGGGUGUUUGUGUAUCAUAUGCAAUAUGUGUAUAUACGUGUACCUAUAUAUAUAUAUAUAUAUAUAUAUAUAUGCAUAUAUAUGUGUUGUUUUUGAUGGGUGAAGUGUAAUUGAAGUGAAAAACAUCAAUGAUGCAAACAAAGAAGCCAUAAAUUAGGGAUAGCAUGGGUGGCGGUGGUGGUGGAGGUGCAGGUAUAAAAAGAAAAGGAGGAGAAAAGAUGAGAAAGAAGGAAGGAUGAAUGGAUUGUUGUUGUGGAAAGAAGAGUCGAAAGGGAAGUUUGAUAGUAGACCUCAUCCAUGGCUGUGUGUGUGUGUGUGUGUGUGAGAUUGUUUAAUGGAUUUAUCAUCACUGUCUAUUCUUUCUUUGGAGGCAGUAAUUCUGAAUAAGAAACAAUUCAGAGCAUAAAGACCUGUCCAACCCAUGCUAGCAUGUGAAGCAGACAUACAAUGGAUCAUGGUAACAAUAUGCAUAUGUGUGUCUGUGUGUAUAUAUACGCACACACAUACACACACAUGCAUGCAUGUACAUAUAUGUAAGUGAGUGUGUGCAUGUAUGUAUGUAUAUAUACACACACACACAUAUAUACUGAAAUGCUGAAAUGGCUGGGCCAGGAAAGAAAUGUAUACACACAUGUAUACACAUACACAUUUUCUCAUACAUUCACAAAGAAUAAAAAGAGAUGAUGAUGACGAUGACGACAGUGUUUAUGAUUGAGAUGAUGAUGACGAUGACGACAGUGUUUAUGAUUAUGAUGGUGAUGAUGUUGAAAGUAUUUCAAGAAGAUUGAUCCAGUAUGAAAAAAAAAAAACAACAACAACAAAAAGGACAAGAACAACAUUAAUGAAAAAUAAAAUAUCUUUAAAAAACAAUUUUAAAUAUUUAAAAUGAAAACCUUAAAAAAAAAAAACAUUUAAAAAAAACUAAAAUAUAAAAAAAAUAACAAAAAAAUGAACGUUAAAUGUUUUAAAAAUACAAAACAAAAUGUUAAAAAUAAUGAUAUAAAUAUAGAAAAAAAAACAACAAAAAAAAUCAACGACAGCAAAAUCAAACAACGAUUGAUUGUUUUUUUACCACUACUACUACUACUACUACUACUACUACUACUACUACUACUAUGAUUAUUAUCAUUAUUAUCAUUAUUAUUAUUAUUAUUAUUAUUGCUACUACUACUAUUACUACUACUACUACUGUUGUUAUUACUAUUGUUAUUCAACUACGACAAAUUGACUCUUGCUACUAUGAAUUUUGCUGCUGCUACUACUAUUGCUACUACUACUACUACUACUACAAUUAUUAUUAUUACACCUACAGCAGCUAUCAAGAAACCAUUUUUUAUUGUUAUUACAUAAUAACUAUCAGUAAUUUUUCUUAUCAUUAUUGGAUUAUUACUAAUCAUUUUAUCUCAUGAUUUUUUUGUUAUUUUUUAAUUAAUUCCAUUAUUUUAUCUCCCUUUUUUGUUUCUCUUUUGUUACCUUGACAACCCUAAAGUCAACUUUGAUACAAAUGUAUGAAUGCCUUUAUGUAUGUAUAUGUGUGUGUGCAUGCAUACAACUGCGUACACAUACGGGUAUAUAUACAUAUAUAUAUAUACACCCCCACACACACAUACACAUAUGUAUAUAUAAAUGCAUGUCAUCUGUAUAGGCAAACAUAGUCCAUUGUUCCAGAAGAAGAAGAGGUGUGAGUGGUAGUGGUAGGGGUAACAGCAUUGGUGGUCAUAGCAAUGAUGCAAGCUCCAGAGAGAUUGCGAUGCAUGCCAGCAGCAUCACUGGAAAAAUGUUGAACUGCGUAGAUGCACAGUAGCACUUGGUGGUAUAUAUAUAUAUAUAUAUAUAUAUAUAUAUAUAUAUAUAUAUAUAUAUAUGCACACACACACACACACUCUUAAAACACACAGAUAUACAUGGACAGAUUUAUAGAUUAUUUAAGUUAUAUGUAUAUAUAAGUUUACAUCUAUAUGCAUAUAAAUACACCAUGUGUAUAUGUACAAGCAUCUAUAUAUAUAUGUGUGUAUAUAUGGAAGUAUAUAUGUACACACACACACACACACACACAGACAUGCACACACACACACACACACAAAGGUCUGCAAAGCACUGUGAUUUCAACAUAGAAAAGCAGUCCAGUACAAUAUCUAUAUAUAUAUAUAUGUAUGUAUGUAUGUAUGUGGGUGCAUGCAUGUGUGCUCCUAGUGUUAUGUAUGUGUGUUUUCUCUCUCUUUCUCUCUCUCUCUCAUGCUAUUUUACUUGAACUAAUAACCAUAAUUAAUAGAAUCCUUUUAAUGAGAUCAAUUUAAUUCAACGUUGUAAGGAGAAUGGAAUGUUGAAUAAGUAAAAAAGAAACUUUGGUGAAUGAAUGAAUAGAAAAGCACCUGGAAUUUUCGAUUGAUGGCUGGAGAUGGAUGUGUGAAUGUGUUUAGGUGCAAAAUAUAGACAGCAACAAAGAUGGCUACAUGGACAAACAAAUGUAAAUUGUAUACAAAAGCUAACUUCAAAAAGCAGCCUCUAAUGUAUUUGUUUUUUGUUUUGUUUUGUUUUGUUUUGUUGUUUAUUAAAAAUCUCUUUGUUUGUUCCUUGUUUACAUUUGA